CCCGGAAAAGACAAUGGGCGCAUUCUCCAGGCCUCGCGCCUCGGGUGGGACUUUGGGAUCAUCUCCAAGGAACAUUUUCCCACCCCUUCCCCGGGUGAGCGACAUUCCCGCGUGGGUCAGGUACCCCGUCACAUCGAUGACCAGGGCCGGGCUUCAUGGAGGGACGGGGUCAGUGCUGCCCUAGCUCCGAAAGAAAGGAUUUUGUUUUGCCAGUGGUUGUGGUUGCUAAUGUCAUCAUCACCAUCACAGUCAUCGUCAUCACCAUCAUUUUUAAUUAAAAUAAUCAUGUAGGAGCGACUAGUCCCUUUUAGCUUCUUUGGAGUGAUAACAAAGCAGCGGGGGUUUCCUCCCACCAGCGCUCUGUUUUUUAAGUUGCUGGGUUUGUGACUACGAGAGAAAUGGAGAGAGGGAGGAGCACAGAGACUCCAUCCUAAAGCAAAAAUUAACCUCGACCUAAGACACCGGGGCACAACUGGAUUUCCCCUUGUUCUCACCCUUCCCCCCUUUUGAAUUAGAAGAGGAGAAAGAAAAUCUCCUGCAUUAGAUUGAAACUGCGGGGAAACAAUUAUUACUGUAUUUUCACCAAAGCCAGGGCAAAAAAAGAGGUGGCCUUAUCUGUUAAUCCAAGACUUCGAUGUGUGGCCAUAAACUGAACGAUGGAGCAAAACAAAUUAAACAAAACCUUCCAGAGGGAGGGGGGAAAAAAAGAAAAGAAAAGGCGAACUAAAUUUCCCUGCCACUACACCCUGGGAAGAAAUAUUGGAUUUAUUUUUACCCUCCCUCCUUUCCUUGUUUAUUGCUGCAAAGAAUUACUAGAAUUCUCUUGUAUUCUGCCAAUAUGAGUAUGAAAGAAUCGAAAAUCUUGUGUAGGGAUGGUUGCAGGGAGAGGCGAGGACCUUCCUUCUCUUUCUUUUUUUUUUUUUCUUUUUGAUUGCUUUUUUAUUUUCCCCUUCCUAAUCCUUGUUUGUUUGUUUCCCUUAAUGGUAGGAAGAAAAAAAAAAAGGGACCUGGAUACAUCAGAUUCUCUACCCCCUUCCCCCUAUUCUCUCCGAUCUCUGCGGUUCAGACUGUGUUGUAUCCCUUCGGGAAAGUAGUCUUUGGAAUUGGGUUCUGGUUUCGGUUUAGGUUGGAGGUGGGGUGGUGAGAGUCAGAGAGAGAAUGGGGCUUCUCAGAGGUUCUGUCCCACCGACCCCGGUCUAAAGACUGGAUCCCCCUUUUGGUACACACGUCCCCCUACCCACCCAAGCCAGGCUGCGGACGACUCCGGUGUUGUGGCCGCAGCUCUGACCCGCCUGACUUCGGUUCCAAAGCCAACUGCUAUAGACAGUCAGUGCUAUAGAUAGUCAGUGCUUAGAAAACAAACGGGCCACACUGAACCAGACGUCCCGGUUGGAGGGUCCGAUAAUGUUCAGGGCAGUCUGCCGGCGAGCUGUUGUUGUUGGACUCUAUAGUUAUUUCUGAUUGGUCAAGUGUAGGGUUCUUUUUUCUGGGGGUGCGGGGGAGGCUUCAAACACCUGCAGGUCGGGGGUGGAAAGCUGCUGGCGAUCCCCAGGGCUGGUUGAGGAGGACAUGAGGAUGACGGAGCAGCCGCCGAGCGAGGCGGCACACAGUGACCCCCCGCUAGAGGGACGGGACGCGGCCGAGGCCCGCAUGGCCCCCCCGCACCUGGUCCUGCUGAACGGCGUCGCCAAGGAGACGAGCCGCACAGCCCCGGCGGAGCCCCCGGUCAUCGAGCUGGGCACGCGCGGCGGCGGCCCGGGGGGCGGCCCCGCCGGUGGGGGCGGCGCCGCGCGGGACUUAAAGGGCCGCGAGGCUGCGGCGGCGGAAGCGCGCCAUCGGGUGCCCACCACCGAGCUGUGCAGACCGCCCGGGCCCGCGCCCGCCUCGGCCCCCGCGGAACUGCCCGGCGACGGCCGCAUGGUGCAGCUGAGCCCGCCCGCGCUGGCGGCCCCCGCCGCCCCCGGCCGCGCGCUGCUCUACAGCCUCAGCCAGCCGUUGGCCUCGCUCGGCAGUGGCUUCUUUGGGGAGCCAGAUGCCUUCCCUAUGUUCGCCACCAACAACCGAGUGAAGAGGAGACCCUCCCCUUACGAGAUGGAGAUUACUGAUGGUCCCCACACUAAAGUCGUGCGGCGCAUCUUCACCAACAGCCGGGAGCGAUGGCGGCAGCAGAAUGUGAACGGGGCCUUCGCUGAGCUCCGCAAGCUGAUCCCCACGCAUCCCCCAGACAAGAAGCUCAGCAAGAAUGAGAUCCUCCGCCUGGCCAUGAAGUACAUCAACUUCCUGGCCAAGCUGCUCAAUGACCAGGAGGAGGAAGGCACCCAGCGGGCCAAGCCUGGCAAAGACCCUGUAGUGGGGGCUGGUGGAGGGGGUGGGGGGGGAGGGGGCAGCGUGCCUCCCGAGGAUCUCCUGCAGGACGUGCUCUCCCCGAACUCCAGCUGUGGCAGCUCCCUGGAUGGGGCAGCCAGCCCGGACAGCUACACAGAAGAGCCAGCGCCCAAACACACAGCCCGCAGUCUCCAUCCUGCCAUGCUGCCCGCUGCGGAUGGAGCCGGCCCCCGGUGAUGGGUCUGGGGCCACGCCGGACCAGCCAGGCGGGUGCCCUCAGGCUGCUGGGACCAUGGACUUUAGGGCAAGUGGGGUGAGUUUUGGGCAGCUCUGAAGUAGGACAUAGACUCGAUGAGCUUUCCUUGAUGUCUGAACUUUGGGGAGUCCCAGCUGCCUCCGGGGCUGGUUUUCCUGUUUCCUGCCUCAGUAGGAGACCAGUAAAAUGGAGCAAAGUGGUAGGUACUUUUUAUGAAGACGGCACAGUCUUCCCCUUUUUCCAAAUCCCUAAGACUUUUCAAGUAAGAGGCUCAAGGGGCAUUGCUUUUGGCCUGGAGCACAGGAGCCCUGUCUUCGCUGAGACCUGGGCUUGUCAGCUCUCUCCAGAGGCAUCUGGCAGCCUCUGCCUUGCCUUUAGCCCCUCCCAAGCUGGCUGGGGUGGCUUUUGUGGCCACACUGUCCGAAUAUAUAGGUACCCAAUAGCUGCCCAUUUCUUGAGCCUCAGCUUCACCCAGGCCCACGUUGGUCCAUCCAGCUUGCCAGCGGAUGCAGAGAGUUACAAGUCCUGAGGUGCCUUCUUCAGGGCCUGGCUGAAGAAGAUGGCCAGUGGACAGCCUGCUCUCACUUAGCUGGGCCAGCGGGUCAGAAAACCCAGUAACCCUUACUUCUUGCCCUGGGGAUCGAAGCUCUGCUUUCUUCCCACUGAGAUUUGCCUUCCUCCUGCUUGUGGCUGUGGGGACCAAGGCUGUGGCUGUGAGUGUGCCCUGUGGGUUUCGUUUGAAGGCAGACAAAGGAGAAAUGAUAGUGAAAUUGAACAAAAGCUGUUUGGGGCAUGUGGGCUUCAAAUCGUGAUUGUGUCUCAGAGCUACCUUCCUGUAUUCCCAGUGACACGUUGCUGUUUGUGGGGGGCACAGAUGCCAGUGUGCUGAGGGGGUCUUGUGCUGGUCCUGAGAGGUGAUAUGCAGCCCCUUCUGGUGUUCUGGCUGUGCAGAGGGGCCUCCCUGUUGCAGGAUAUCUGUUGGCUAAUGGUCUGGUCUGUGUUCUGAAACCGAAUUGAUGACAAAUUCUGUCCUAUGAAUUCCUGGUAUUUGGAAUUUUGCUUGACUUCAGUUAUUUUGGGACCUCAGGGUCUUGAUAUGACCCAGGAUCCAGCCCCACCUCUAGGCUCUGGGGAGCCCAGUGAGAGACCAGUUGAGACCCACGCACAUUCACUUUCACUUAGCAGAACCUUCAACAUCCCUGAGUCUGCAAAUUUCAGGUAUCACGAGCGUGUAUGGGAGGCUGGCGUAACGCAUGAGGAGUGCUCCCCGCCAAAAGUUGUAUAUGACAUUUUUGUAAAUCAAAUCCUUAUCCUUCAUCUUUUAAAGAAAUUCUACUGCAAGUCCCUUGGUAACGUGGAGAAUCCUUCUGUAGAGUGGACCUCUGCCCCCUCAUUGAUCUCCUGUGUCAAUCCAGAUGGUGGGAUGUGAUUUUCUUCAGGCGAGGCUUGCCUGUGACCCACAUCCCAGGCCCAUGGAGCAAGCUGCAUACCUGUGAUUGUGCCCUGAAGUCACCCCGGCCGGCUCUGGUGCUCUGGCUUUGCCCUGUCCAUAGCGAUGUGGGAGAACCAUCACCGCGGCUGUCGGGAAAGGUCUGCACGCCUUGUGGGCUCCAGCUUGGUGGUCUGCCCUCACUGUGGCAGGGCCUCGGGAACAGUCACAUGCACACGGGGAUGAUCCCUGCACUCCCCCCUCUUCCUUUUAAGUUGUGAGGUCCAGUUCGUGGGAAUGGAAGCCGCAUGGUUUAACCCUUGUAGCACUCUCUGUCCCAUUUCAGCACCCCCCCCCCCACCCAUGAUAUUUUGACAAACAUUUGGAUGGGUUCUUUUCUGAUACUUGGAAGCUCCUGGAGGAAUCCCAUCUGUCCGAAGACGGAACGCCUGUUCUAGGUCUUGAGGCUGUGUCUGCUUCCAGUGGAUUAAUUUGACCUGGGAGUGAAAAGUGGCCACCGUGAGCAUCAUGGAUGGGUUUUAGGAGAUGGAUUAUACAUUCUAACAGGAGCUUGAGUUUCUGGCUCUCUCUUCUCUCAGACUUGCAGUGUGAUCUGGUAAAGUUCUCUCUCUGCAUGUCUUUCUCAUAAAUAACCUGGCUUGGCCUAUCUCCUAGGGCUGUGGUAUGGACUGAAUGGAAUCAUGGAAAUAGAAGCAUUUUGAGACCAUAAGGAACUCUGUUGCUCUCAGUAUCAUUCCUGCUGUGGGAUUUCUCACCCGGAGUCCAGGACCUAGACAGUGGGCCAGUCUGCCCCUCUGUGCAGCAUUUGGGUGAUUUAGCUUCUAAACCACUUUAGCCCACUUAAGGAUUUUCUAGAUUAUCCUCAUCUUUCCAGAUUGACCUCAUUUCAGUCUCAUCCCAAAGCAAGGCAUAGAAGGGAGUCUAGAAGGGAAAUAUGGGAUUGUGGGCAGAAUGUGCAAAAUGUAGUACAAGACAGGCCUAGGGAGGGGUAGGCAAAGCUUUGUGACUUUGUUAAGAACCAGAGAAGAUCCAUCAUUUUUGCUUUCAUUUCCAGCACUUCCCCCCACCAUACCCUUCUUCCUCUGCCUCCUCUUCACCCAUGAAUAUUCUCCAUCCAAGAAUAAUACCUGUCAAAGAGGGAAAAAUUGUAAAAAAACAUGAGGAGGACAAAGAUGACUUUAAAUGACUGGAGGGAAUCAUGUCUUUUAAGAAAAAUUCAGAUUCUUUUAUUUGUAGUGGCAAACGACAAGAUGGUACAACCUUUAUCCUUUUCUGAAAGCAGAGCAAAGGGCACAGCAUCUGUAGUCAGCCCACGACCGUCUAGGCCUUUGGGGGUGGUCUCGUCGUACUUGUGAUUUCAAUGGUACGUGGCCCCCCCGCCGAAGGCUUGCCCCGGCCAGUGUACAUAGCGCAUCGUUCCUGUGGGCGGGCCCAGCACUUUCCGUCAAUGUUGUACUGUACGUGAUGCGUGGCGUUGGUCUCUGCAUUUUUCUGCAGAAGAGGAGUAACCGCUCCAGGUACCUUGACCUUUGUACAGCCCAGAGGCCAACACUGUGGGCGUGUGACUCUUAGCGACAAAACCCAUGUGGUGAUGAUGUGUGUAUAUAUAUAAGGAUAUAUUGGGAAGAUUUCUAAAUAAAAGUUUUACAGAGGGA